AUGAUUAAAAAAAUCAGUUUUUUAAUAUUACUAUUAAUAUUAUUCAUAAACAUUUCCUCUAUUAGAGGUGAUGAAAAUGAAGCAACUACUUCAUUCGAUUCAAAGCUAAUCCAAUUAUCUUUAGUUUCAAAUUGGGGUGAUACUCCAAAUUAUAUUGAAGCUAGUGAAUUUUUUUCAAAACAAGAUAAAUUAUUAUUUUGGAAAUUUAUAGAAGAAUUCAAUAAAAAGAGUAUCGAAAAUAAAAGUAAUAUUACAGAUAAAAUCAACUAUGAUUUAACAAUCAAUACUGCUAAAGAAAUUUUAUUACCAAGUACCAAAUAUUUAAUAGAAUUUUUAAAUGUCGAAUUAUCAAUGAGAACUUAUUCACCAAUAGUCGAGACUUUUAGACAAUUGUCAUUAUCUCAAAAGAAUUUUAAUGAAAAAGGAUGGGUUCAAGUAAAGGGAAAAUCAAUUUCUGAUGCAAGCGAAAUUAAUGAUCAGUUUUUAUUAUCAUUAUCUCAAAAUUCAAAAUCUCAAGACGGCGCUGAUCUUAAUGAAGAAAAAGAUGAAGAAUUAAAAAUAUUCGAUUUUGACCAUAUUUACCCAAUCUCAUCAGGUAUUUCCGCAAUUGAUAACACUCCAAUAGUUAUUAUGUAUGCUGAUAUCAAGAGCGAAUUCUUCCAAUUAGUACAUCCCAAAUUAAAACAAUUUUCAAAAAUGGGUAAAAUAAUUUAUUGCUAUAGAUACAUCAUAAAAGAAUCAAGUCAAAAGUUUAAUCUUCAAGGCUAUGGUUACGAGUUAUCAAUUAAAAAUUUAGAAUAUAAAGUUAUGGAUGAUUCUGCAAUUAAAAAAGAUAUUAUAACUGAUAGUGGUAAAUCAAAAACUGUUAUUAGUAUUCCAAAUGAAGAUGUUAGUGGUUUUAAUUUCCAUAAAUUACAAAAAAGAAAGCCAGAUUUAACCUCAAAACUAUCAACAUUUAGAUCAUAUUUAUUAGCCAAAAGCCAAGAAGCCAAAGAACUUAAAGUCUGGGAAUUAAAAGAUUUGGGUAUUCAAAGUGCUCAAAAGAUUAUAUCAUCAAAUGAUCCAUUUAGAACAUUAAAAACAAUUUCUCAAAAACUCCCAACAAUUUCAUCUUACAUUUCAAAAACUGCAGUUAAUGAAACCCUCAAAAAACAAAUUGAAGCAAACCAAAAAUCAAUUCCAGUUACCGAAACUAUUCUUUUAUUAAAUGGUCGUUCUGUUAACGUAGAUGACUUAAAUCCAUUCGAUCUUACAAAUAUCAUCCAACAAGAAUAUGAAUCCGCCUCAACCAUUCAAUCAGUUGGUCCAAUUUCUUUAGAAACUGUUAAUCAAAUCAUUGCUCAAAGUUCAGACGUAACACCAAUUCGUAUUAAAUUUUACCCAAACAAUGAGGAAGAGGCACAAGCUGUUGGUAAACAUAUUAUUUUCCCAUUAAAUAGUUUAGAAAUGGACUAUACCUAUAAUUCUUGGGAAAACUCAUUAAAUUCAUUAAGUAAAGAAUCAACCGAACCAACAGACAUCUUUUUCAGAAAGAAUCUUUUAACUACCGUUAUUGUUUUAGACUGGAACGAAUUAAACACCCUCUCAAUUUUACCAGAACUUCAAUCAAUGAUUCAAUCAAAUAUUCCAACUAGAUUUGCCAUUGUGUUUAACACAAACAAAAAUAGUGUAAGAGCUCGUUAUUUAAGAGAAAAUGGAUAUGUCUCUGGUGAAGAAAUUGCAAAAGUCUUUUUAGGCUUUAAAAACUCAAAUAUUGGUAACCGUGGUGCCAUCUUUUUCAUCAAUGCCCUCAACUACUUCAAGAAAGCAUAUACUCCAAGUGAAGAUGGCGUCACCCGUUCAGUUUUACAAUCUGCUUUUAAUGCUGUCAUAAAUCAAAUGCAUUCAAAUUUCAGAUCACUUAACCAAGGACUCCAAUCGGAUGAAUACAAUAAUUUAUUAAAAGCAUCAAACCUAUUUAUCGAAAGAAUGUCCCUCAAUUCAUUCCCACAGGUAUUUUUAAAUGGUAUUCCAAUUGAAUUCACCUCUCCAGAACAAUUUUCAUCACAACUUUUAGUUUCUCUCUAUGAUGAAUUUGAACGUCUUAAACCACUCUAUAAACAAGGAAUUAUCGUUGAUACACCAAAUAGCUAUGCUUCCUCAUUCCAAUUAUACAAAACUAUCACUUUAGAUACCGAUUACUGGAGUGAAAACAAUAUCCCAACUCUUGAAAAAUAUAGUCCAAUUUUAUUCUCUUCAAACUAUAGUUACUUUAUCACAAACUCAAAGAAUCAACUUAAAGAAGUAGAAGCUCAAAAUGUUUUAAAGAAACAGCUUUUCUUUAUUCAAGAUAAAGAGAUAGACACCGAAGAAGAUCCAGAAAAAGAAAAAACAGUUACAAUUGAAGUUGUUGGUGAUUUUGAUCAAUAUAACACAAGAGAAGUUUCAUUAUAUUUAUUAAAAGAAAUCUCCUCAUCAGAAUCAUACAAAAAUGCUAGAGCUGCAUUCAUUUCAAACCCAUCAAAUCAAGAAACUUUAACAUCAUCAUCUCAAAACACAUUAGGCAAAUUGGUUUCAAUUUUAAAACAUUAUAAAAAAGAAGUCACCAACGAUAUUAUGAUCAAACUCUUUGAAGAUAUUCAAUCAGAUGUUGCUAAAUACGACUCAAUUAAAACAUUAAAAGAAUUAAUUGAAUCUUAUAAACUUCCAAUUCCCCUUAGUGAUAUCUGGGUUAGUCAAGCCGAUAACCUUUUCAAACAAGCUGCCAAAACCUCAAGAGAAUAUUUAAAUCUUCAAAGCACCAAUAAACUCCCAGUUUCAAUUUUAGUAAAUGGUAAAAUCAUCACCCCACCACAAUACGAAAAUGUCGAAAGCUUCUUCAAAGACUUUAACUUGGCUUUAUUCAUGGAAUCAAAGAAAGCAAAUGAUAUUUUAAAUCUCUUAAAAGAAGACUCACUCUUAACUGGUAAAUCUAUCAACUAUAGCGAUUUGAUUAAUAAAAUUAGCUCAUUAAUUGGAUAUCAUUAUAAAGGAUCAUCAAUCAUCAGAAAGAGAAUUCCAAGCUCAAUUUCCACCUCAUUCACCUAUUCACCAUCAAAUAAUAAUGCUGCUGCAAGUUCACCAUUAAAAUUCUUUUUAGUCAUCAAUCCAUUCAAUAAGGUUUCACAAAAACUAAUACCAAUGAUUCAAGAAUUUUCAAAUAAACUAAACAUUGCAGUAGAUGUAGUAUUAAAUCCACCAGUAUCAGUAUCAGAAAUGCCAUUAAAAACCUUCUAUACAUAUGUUAUUAAACUAGACAAUGAAUUUAGUGAAGAAACAGGUCAACUUAUUAAUCAACCAUUAGGAGUUACAUCAAAUAUUCCAGAGGAUCGUGUUUUAACAUUAGCCUUAGAUGCCCCAUCAAGUUGGUUGGUACAACCAAUCAUCGCCAAAUACGAUCUUGAUAAUAUUCGUUUGAAGGAUUUAGGCGAAGAACAAGUCCUAUAUGCUGUUUUUGAAUUGGAAAAUAUUGUUAUUGAAGGUAGCUGCAAUGAUGUUAGUACCGAUGCCGCUCCAGCCGGUUUAGAAAUUCUUUUAAAUCCUGUUGCCACUCAAAAUAAAGUUACCCAAGAUACCAUUGUUAUGAACAACUAUGGUUACUAUCAAUUGAAAUCAAACCCAGGUAUUUGGAAAUUAACUUUAGCAAAAGGUAGAUCCUCAGAUAUUAUGAAUAUUGUUGAAGCAAAUGGUGAAAUGGUACCAUACCAUACAGUUGUUAUUGAUAGUUUAUUCCAACCACAAUCAUCCCUCUAUGUUCAACGUAAACAAGGUCAAGAGAGAACUCCAAUCUUACAACCAAUUCAAGAGUAUGAAAAACAAAAAGCUGAAGAGGUAAAGAAUAAAGAGAACGAUUCCAACGGUUUCUUUUCAAAUUUAUUCAAUAAGAAUGAUGAUUCUAAAAAGCAAGUUGCCAAUAAAAAGAAUUUAGAUACAAUUCAUAUCUUCUCUGUAGCAAGUGGUCAUCUCUAUGAAAGAUUCUUAAAGAUUAUGAUGUUAUCAGUCACCAAAAAUACAGAAUCACCAGUUAAAUUCUGGUUCCUUAAAAACUAUCUCUCACCAGGAUUUAAAGAAUUCAUUCCACAAAUGGCUAAAGAGUACGGUUUCGAAUACGAAUUAGUCACAUAUAAAUGGCCAUGGUGGUUACGUAAACAAACAGAAAAACAAAGAAUUAUUUGGAGUUACAAAAUUUUAUUCCUCGAUGUAUUAUUCCCCCUAAAUGUACCAAAAAUUAUUUUUGUUGACGCUGAUCAAGUUGUACGUACUGACAUGAAAGAACUUUGGGAUAUGGAUCUCCGUGGAGCCUCUUUAGGUUACACUCCUUUCUGUGAUUCAAACAAAGAUACUGAAGGUUUUAGAUUCUGGAAACAAGGUUAUUGGAGAUCUCAUCUUGGUGAUCGUCCAUAUCAUAUCUCUGCUCUUUACGUUGUAGAUUUAGUUCGUUUCCGUCGUUUAGCUGCUGGUGAUCAACUUAGGGCUACCUAUGAUCAACUUAGUAAAGACCCAAAUAGUUUAGCAAAUCUUGAUCAAGAUCUUCCAAACUAUUUACAACACUAUGUUAGAAUUCACAGUCUUCCACAAGAAUGGCUUUGGUGUGAAACUUGGUGCAGUCAAGAAUCAAAAGCAAAAGCUAAAACAAUCGAUCUUUGUAAUAAUCCUCUCACCAAAACUCCAAAACUCGAAAAUGCUGUAAGAAUUAUUGACGAAUGGACCAGCUUGGAUAACGAAGCAAAAGAAUUUGAGUCGAAAAUAGAAAAACUAAAAGAAAAAGAAGUUGCAAAUCACCAUAAUGAAGAUGAUCAUAGUAAUUUAAUAAAUAACUAUGCACAAAAUGAAAAUGUAGAAAAUAUUUUAUCAAAAUUAGACGAUGCUCAAAAAGAUUUCUUCUAA